UAAAAAUGCAAAAUACAAUUCCAUUGAAAGAAGAAAGCUCAAAUAUUUAGUUAUUUAACAUUUUUACUACGUUGCCGAAACACACAAACCACACCAAAAUUUCUACGUUCGAAAAGGAACAUCAAAACAUCGUAUUCCCAACAAAUUUUUGACAGGAUGGAAAAACAUUAUUAAGGGAGAGAAUCCAUCAAACACGAAAGCAGUUAUCAAGAAAUGAUAAACAACUGUUUAAACUAAAACAUUUACUAGAAAGGAAAGAAUGGGAAAAGAUCGACAGAAUAACACUCAGUAGAAUGGAAUCAACACUAUAGUUGUUAUCCAAUGAGAGACAAACAAGAAAAUGUAACAAAAUCCAAACAAAACAACUCGAGACUCCGAAGACAAAUAUGAAACAGACUGUAAUCAUUCUCUCAAAUCGGUCAUUCACAGAUGACGAAACAAGCUUACUAGCCAAAGGAGGAAAUUUCAAUAUAACCUCACAGACAAUACCUACAAAAGAAAUCAUUGCCAAUAUAGAAGCCGAAAUUGAAAAACUACCACUUAAUGUCAAAGAAGAGGUACACGCAGUUAAUCUGCAAGAAAUCUACGGAAAGUCAAACCACCAAAAAGCAAUAUUUUAAGAGGCGAGAAGGCAGUUAUAAGAAAUAUCAAUGAGGAUAAAAACAUCAUAAUUUUACCCGCCGACAAAGGAAAUGCAACAGUUGUCAUGAACACAUCGGACUACAGGAGCAAGCUGGUCAAUCAAGACACAUACAGGAAUAUGACGAAAGAUCCAACACAGAAGAUUUUAAGAAAAACCACCAAAUUAAUAAAAGAGUCGUCACUACCGCCGGCGACAAAGAAGAAAAUCUGCACUACUGAAGCAAGACUAUGUGGAUUACCAAAAAUUCUCAAAGAUAAUGUACCACUAAGAUUAAUAUCAAGUGCCCUAGGAUCCACCAACUUACAACCUGGACAACCAUCUGGAGAAAAUACUGCAAAAACACGUGGGGCAAGACAAAAUACUACGUGCGAGACUCUACGAACACUUAAAGAGUAUAAGCAUAGAGCCUAA